AUGUCUUUCAUGUCAGACACCCCUCUUCCUUUGAGACCGACGCCCAGAAGACCAUGUCCUCGGUGUCCGCAUCGCCUUUCUGAUUUAGCGUCGCAUGUGGAGCCUGCUGAACUUUCGGCAGAGGAAGAGGUUAAGACGAUAGAGGGUCAUGCUACUUCGGAGAGUGAAGAGAUACCGGCAACCACCAGCGAAUUUGAGACAUGGAGAGACUUGUUAGAAGAGCUGAAGGGGAAACGGGUCCCUGCCUGCGAUGAUGAUCAGAAUAACGGCAAACAACCAGCAACGGACGAGGCUCAGACCGAUCCACCAAUCUACAACGAGCGAAAGAAAGACAUUCUCGUUGACAUGAGUCUGGAGCAUCUCGACGAGAAAGCUGAAGCCGCGGACAAAGAUUCUUCAGGUGUUGCCGCCAUAAAGAAUAAAGAUGUCCCCAUCAGAAAAGGCAUCUUGAUCAGAGCAAGGACAAAAUCUGAUGGUCUGCAGAAGAAGAAGAGCGUCCGGUUUCACAAAGGAUGUAAGGGAGAUGACUCCUUCGAGGACGAGAGCAGAGGUUGGAGUCCUGUUCCUUGUGAGUACCAUGUCGAAAUGGAUAAAGAGCCGGAGGGGAAUGAGGAAGGUGAGAGGAAGCCCGUAGAGGAAGAAGAGGAAGAGAACAAAGCUUGA